UCUGGUCACACCAUUUCAGUGAUUCAUACAAAAUCUCCACUAAAAACAACGUAAAUUGAUAAAAUCCACCCGUUGAAGUUGCAAACCAACUGCCAGAAACUUUUUCGCUCUUCAUUCGCUAGUGCAAAUUCAUCAAGCUGGGUAACGACAUGUCUACGAGUUCCAUGGAAAAACACCUUUUCAAUCUAAAGUUUGCCGUAAAGGAGCUGGAACGGAACUCCAAGAAAUGCGAGAAGGAGGAGAAGCUGGAGAAGGCGAAGGCCAAGAAGGCGAUCCAGAAGGGCAACAUGGACGUGGCCCGCAUUCACGCCGAGAACGCGAUUCGGCAGAAGAACCAGGCGGUCAACUACCUCCGGAUGAGUGCCCGCGUGGAUGCGGUGGCCAGCAGAGUGCAGUCCGCCCUCACCACCCGCAAGGUCACCGGCUCCAUGGCAGGCGUGGUCAAGGCCAUGGAUGCGGCGAUGAAGGGCAUGAACCUGGAGAAGAUCUCCUCGCUGAUGGAGAAGUUUGAGUCGCAGUUCGAGGACCUGGACGUCCAGAGCUCCGUGAUGGAGGGCACCAUGUCCGACACGGUAACCACCUCAGUGCCCCAGGGCGAUGUCGACAACCUGCUCCAGCAAGUGGCCGACGAGGCUGGCCUCGAGCUCAACAUGGAGCUGCCCAGCGGAGUCCAGAGCCAGUCGGUUGGAGCCUCCACGGCCGUGUCCCAGGAGCAGGACGAGCUGACCCAGCGACUGGCACGCCUCCGCCAGGCCGAAUAGAACUGCGCAGCCCAGCCCGUUGAAUUUCUGUUUUAGCAAUUAAGUACAUUCAAAAUAUAAAUAAGUAUAAAUUCAGUGA